CGCUGGAUCAUCCACAUUCUGCUACCAAAACGAAAAUAAAAUGGACAAAUAGUGAACCUUUGCAAAACAAAAAGUUUUUCAGGACUGAUAAAGGAGAUGUUGCACAUUCUGGCUCUGAAAAUGUUAUAUUGAAGGGAUAUCAAGCUUUAACAGAAAAUGGAACACUACCCCGACCUCCGCAAAGGGAACGUAGUGGUAGUGACCCAACAACCGAAAUCCAUCUGCAGCCAUUAAAAAAUGACAAUGCUUCUGAUGUAUUAAGGGCAGAAACGAAUAAUCUUCAUAAUCAAUUAUCUCGAAGUCAUAACAGUAUAACAAGUUACAAUAAUUGCAGUAAAAUUUAUGUAAACAGUAAUGAUGAUAAUAGUCAUGUUGAUGGUGUCAGUUUUGAGGGAUUAGUACGACAGAAUGAUAAUGACCGAUUGAGAGCUGUGAUCACUGAGUUUCACCUUUUAUUGUUUUCAUCUAGUCAUUUUUCAGGAGGUAAUGUUUUUGGUGUGAAUUUGUCAACCUUAGUGAUGCGAGAUAUGCCAAGACCAUCAGAUAUUUCAAUGGUGCCUGAAAUUUUUCAAAGUAUACUUAAUCAAUUGAAUAUAAGGUGUGUGACUGAAGAUGGUAUACUUCGAGUUGCUGGACAGAAACAAAAAUUAGAAGCGUUAUGUAAUGAAAUUGAAACCAAAUUUUAUAACAAUAGGAAGGAAGUGGAAAAUUUGCUCAGUCAAGCCACUGUUCAUGAACUCACUGGAGUACUCAAAAAAUUGCUGAGAGAUUUGCCGGAUCCCAUUUUUACUAUGGAACUUUUUGAAAUGUUUUACAAAACGAGUGGUAAGUGGAAGGAUAAUGAUAAGGUGAUUUUGAAACAUCUCACAAAAGAAGAUUUAAACAAGCAAAUCAAAGAUGCGGCUGUUUGUUGCUGUAUCAUGGAAACUAUGUUGAAAGCUGGGGUUAAACUAUGGUCUGUACCAUCUUAUUUGGCUCACCAAGCUCGGGAGGCCCAAAAGAAAGCUCAAGUCCGUAAAGAUUUGAGUAAAGAUAAAGACAGACGAAUUCGGUCUGGUAAGACGAAAUUAGUAAGAAGCAGUACUCAGUAUGAACCAGGUGCAAUGAAUAUACCAAAAUUAAAGAGAGAUUUUUUUGUAUAAUUUUUGAUAUACCUUAAAAGGAUAACUCAUUCCGAAUAGUGUACCUUAAAAGUUAGUGCCUCUUAAUAUUUUAAUAUUUAAUGUUGUGAUUAAAAUAUUUACAGUUAUUUAUACAAUGAGUGUCUGUGCCAAAAUACAGUUUUAUAUUAUUG